GUUGUCCAGGUCGAUAUGUCUGUGGUGCAGCUGGCCAACUUAGCGAGUUUACUAACCAAUAACUUUUUCACGACUGAACGUCAAUGGUCGUUUACAUUGUAACUGGCCUGUGGGCCUAAUGAUGGUGUUCCAGUUUCCCUGGACCAGAGUCCGGAAGGUUCUGUCUGUCUGGAACCAACUCGGCAAACAUGACAUCCUAGAGUUGAGCCGACCAGGUGUUAACAUCAAAGACAGAGUCCAUGUGGAUCAGCUGAUACAAGCUUUACAGAGUGCAGGAACUCACACUCUCCAGGUGGUCUGCUGCUCAUGAGCUGUUGGUUGAGCAGGGAAUCCAGAGGAAGCUUCUGGCAGGAGCAGUCAGCCAAUCAGGAGCCAAGCUCAGGCCUGGGGGACGUCCUACUGGAGAUCCUUAAACACAACAAUGUGCUCAGCUCCAACCUCUCCAUACGAGCCAACUUCAUGCACUUUAGUGAGGAGGGAUUGCUGCAGGGCUUUAAAGAGCCCCUCAUACACACUUUCAACAAGGGGGAGGGGCAUCUAGCAAGCCCCACCCAUACGGCACAUGACCGCCCCAAUGUGUUGUUGCUAGGAGACUCUCUAGGUGAUGUCAGCAUGGCAGAUAACCUCACCAACGUCAUGAACGUCCUCCGCAUCGGCUUCCUCAAUGACAAGGUUUCUCCUGUGUUUUGUUCCAGAGGAAAGGAGAGCGGCCUACUCCUCCUCGUAUGACAUUGUCCUGGAGAGGGACGAGACGCUGGACAUCCCCAACGCCAUUCUGCGCUACAUUUCCAUGAAAACAGACUCAUAACCUGACCUUUCAUCUCAGAGCAGAAGGAGGAGCCAAACACCAUGGCAACUCUAACAGGACUCCUCCCCCAUGGGCUGUUGCUGCUACUGUUCCCUAAAGGCCACACCCUUCCUGCAGUGUUCUGUUCCGGAGUGUUUCCGCGGAUCAUUCUGGAAGGGUUGGGUAGUUAGGAUAGAGUUGGGUAGUUAGGUUAGGGUUAGGGUAGUUAGUUAGCGAUAGGUUAAGGUUGGGUUAGAUAUAGAUCAGAGUUGGGUUAGGGUAAGGCGUAGGAUUGGGUUAGAGAUAAGUUUGAGUUUGGUUAGGUUUGGUUUCGGUCAGGUUUUUAGGGUUAGGGCUGCUUUGAUGGACCAGAUUUGAUGGUCCUCCUUUACUCCCCUCUCACAAGGUGCUCAGGGUUCAGGGCUUAGUGGCUCACUAGCUGUGCAGCGACAGCUGUCAGAAAUGGAUCUAUACUCUGCUUCACUUCAAAUACGCAAGUCUAUUUUCAACAGACGCCACUACUGGGACACCUCUUCACCCAGUUUAACAGCCAAUCAGGUAAUUCAUUCCUCUUCACACAGUUUAACAGCCAAUCAGGUAAUUCAUUCCUCUUCACACAGUUUAACAGCCAAUCAGGUAGUUCAUUCCUCCUGAAAGGGUUCCCUUCCUGAUGGUACAUCGCAUUCUAACUACGGUCACACAAGCGCUCACUCAGCCCUGUCUCUUUCUCACCUUCCCUCCCUCUGUCACUACCUUGUACUACUGUUUUAAGGUAAACUAAACAUUUCAACCAUCUUGAAAUGUACAAUAUCUGACUGUAGUUUGCUGCUGCAAGUGAUUGUGGAAAAAGGCUAUUUGUAUUUUUGAAAGUUAAAAAUGCCACAAAUCAGAACAUGAAACCUCGACUACAUAGCUACGGGCACCGUGGAAGCAGAGAAAUGUGUGACGCAUUUAGCUAGUAGAUGGCUUGACCAUGCGACGAAUUUAGCUAGGAGAUGGCUUGUAGUUCAGUGUAGCUAACUAUGGUUAGCUUCUACUCACCAUGUGACGCAUUUUGCUAGGAGAUGGCUUGUAGUUCAAUGUUUUUGCAGGUAGCUCAGGUGUAACUACGGUCAUAUUUUAGAGAUGUAACCGGUCUAAAGUCUGCAUGGAGACAACACACCUGCUGACUUUAUUGAAAGGAAUGCAGGGUCUCUCCAGCAGGGUCUCUCCAGCAGUAUCUAUCAGUAGCAGGGUCUCUCCAGCAGUAUCUAUCAGUAGCAGUAGUUAGUGGGGGCAUUAUUUUUAUGAUUUCCUGGAACCCCUGGAAUUUCCUCUUAAAGAACAAGCUGCACAUAAAGGCUGGGGUGAGGGUUGAUGUUGGCAGUAGAUCAAGCUGCACAUAAAGGCUAGGGUGAGGGUUUAUGUUGGCUUUAGGGUGAGAGUUGAUGUUGGCAGUAGAACAGGGUAAGGGUUGAUUUUGGUAGUAGGGUGAGGGUUGAUGUUGGCAGUAGAACAAGCUGCACAUAAAGGCUAGGGUGAGGGUUGAUGUUGGCAGUAGGGUGAGGGUUGAUGUUGGCAGUAGAACAGGGUGAGGGUUGAUGUUGGCAGUAGAACAAGCUGCACCAACCCCAGACCUACAGGAGUGGGGACUGGGACCUAUAUAAGCAGGCCAGGAACAAGCUGACAAAGGAGAUCAGGGUAGCCAAAGCUAAGCUACAGUAAGAAGCUAAAAAAUAGCCUCUCAGCCAACAACCCUGCAUCAGUUUGGAAAGGCCUGCAACAGGUCACAAGAGAUUACAAUCAGGUUACAAGAGACCCCCCUGCAGAAAAUCCCAGACUGACUGGUCCGUGUAUCAUUUGUUCAUUUGAUAUUCAAUUGAGAGUCCAAAAUGAAAAAAAUAAACUUGUUAUUUCAUGUUUAUGAAUGUGAUACAAAUAACACUUUGUUUUUCAGACUUUUGAUUUCAUGGUCAGAUCAAAAGUAGACCGUUUAAAAAACGGCCUCAGGGCCAAAGCUGAUUGUUUAUGCAAACCUGGCCAAUAAAGCUGAUUGUUUACGCAAACCUGGCCAAUAAAGCUGAUUGUUUACGCAAACCUGGCCAAUAAAGCUGAUUCUGAUGCACGUAAAGGGUGAGGGUUGAUGUUGACAGUAGACAAUGUGCUCUCUACUACUGACAGUACCCAAGUUUAAUUGGAAAACAAAAAUGAGCUGACAUAUUCAGGGCCUAAAUCCUG